CAAGAGCAGCAGCAGCAGCGAUGCCUUUCCCUCCCUCGCCUCCCCUUCUUUGAGAGGACCCUCCAGUGGGCACCUUCCCCUUUCUUCUGGGAUUGGGGGGCACCAGAUGCCAUUCCCAUCCCCACCCGCUGGCAAAGGCAGAGGAGCUGGCUCAGCCUCCAUCCUUUCCUAGAGGAGGAGGAGGAGGAGGAGGAGGAGGAGGGCAGCCAGCUCCUGGCCAUUCAAGGGGUCAGUCUGAGGAGACUUCUCCACCAAGAUGUCCAGCAAGGGCAGGAAAAGGAGCCAGGGGCAGCAAGGCAGAGUGACCUUCCCUCCUCAGCUCCAGAAGCAGAAGGGAGCCCAGCAAGAGGAGGAAGGAGAGGAGGAAGAGGAGGAGGAGGAGGAGGAGGAAGGUGGUGGCCAAGGGCAGCCCCAGCCCCACUGGAGUUGGAGGGGGGUCAAUGGCGGGCUGGAGCCCCCUCAGCCCCAGGCAGUGAGGACCCACCGGGAGCUGUCUGGCUGCUACCCGCCUUCGCCCAUCUUGGGCACCAUGUCCAUUGAUGGAAGUCCUUCUUUGAGACGCAUGACUGUGAUGAGGGAAAAAGGGAGGCGACAAGCAAUUAGAGGCCCAGCCUUUAUGUUCAAUGAGAGGGGCACAAGCCUCACAGCAGAGGAAGAGCGCUUCCUGGAUGCGGCAGAGUAUGGGAACAUCCCUGUGGUGCGCAAAAUGUUGGAGGAGUCAAAAACAUUGAAUGUAAACUGUGUUGACUACAUGGGUCAAAAUGCCUUGCAGCUUGCAGUGGGCAAUGAACAUUUGGAAGUGACAGAACUUCUGUUAAAGAAGGAGAAUUUGGCACGGAUUGGAGAUGCCCUGCUGCUUGCCAUCAGCAAAGGGUAUGUCCGAAUAGUGGAAGCAAUCUUGAAUCACCCUGGCUUUGCAGCAAGCAAGCGGCUGACUUUGAGCCCCUGUGAGCAGGAACUUCAGGAUGAUGAUUUCUAUUCUUAUGAUGAAGAUGGCACCCGCUUCUCCCCAGAUAUCACCCCCAUCAUUUUAGCUGCUCAUUGUCAAAAGUAUGAGGUGGUGCAUAUGCUGUUAAUGAAAGGUGCGAGGAUAGAAAGACCUCAUGAUUAUUUUUGCAAAUGCAACGAUUGCACUGAGAAACAAAAGGUUGAUUCUUUUAGUCAUUCCAGGUCAAGGAUAAAUGCAUAUAAGGGAUUGGCAAGUCCUGCCUACCUGUCCUUAUCUAGCGAAGAUCCUGUUCUCACUGCUCUAGAACUUAGUAAUGAGCUUGCUAAACUGGCUAAUAUUGAAAAAGAAUUCAAGAAUGACUACCGCAAGCUGUCUAUGCAAUGCAAGGAUUUUGUGGUUGGCGUCCUUGAUCUGUGCCGAGACUCUGAAGAGGUAGAAGCCAUUCUAAAUGGAGAUUUGGAAGCGGAACCAGUAGAAACUCAGAGACACAGAGCUUCACUGAGUCGUGUCAAACUAGCAAUUAAGUAUGAAGUCAAAAAGUUUGUGGCCCAUCCAAACUGUCAGCAACAGCUGUUGACUAUCUGGUAUGAAAAUCUCUCAGGAUUACGGGAACAGGCCAUCGCAAUCAAGUGUUUUGUUGUGCUGGUGGUUGCACUCGGCCUUCCAUUUCUUGCCAUUGGGUACUGGAUUGCACCAUGCAGCAGGCUUGGAAAAGUUCUCCGAAGCCCAUUCAUGAAGUUUGUAGCACAUGCAGCAUCUUUCAUCAUUUUCUUGGGGUUGCUGGUAUUCAAUGCCUCAGACAGAUUUGAAGGCAUCUCUGUAUUACCAAAUGAGACGGUUAUUGAUUACCCUAAACAGAUCUUCAGGGUUAAGACUACACAGUUCACUUGGACGGAGAUGCUGAUAAUGGUAUGGGUGCUUGGUAUGAUGUGGUCUGAGUGCAAGGAGCUCUGGCUAGAAGGACCUCGGGAAUAUAUUUUGCAGCUGUGGAAUGUUCUCGAUUUUGGGAUGUUAUCUAUUUUCAUUGCAGCUUUCACAGCCAGGCUAUUAGCAUUCCUGCAGGCUACAAAAGCACAGCAGUAUGUGGACAACAACAUUCAAGAAUCAAGCCUCUCUGUAGUCACACUUCCACCAGACAUAGAAUAUUUUACUUACGCUCGAGAUAAAUGGCUUCCAUCUGAUCCACAGAUCAUAUCAGAAGGCCUUUAUGCAAUAGCUGUUGUGCUUAGCUUCUCUCGAAUUGCUUAUAUCCUGCCUGCAAAUGAGAGUUUUGGUCCACUGCAGAUUUCACUUGGAAGGACUGUGAAAGACAUUUUCAAGUUUAUGGUCCUUUUUAUUAUGGUGUUUCUUGCAUUUAUGAUUGGGAUGUUCAUACUGUACUCCUACUAUCUUGGAGCCAAAGUAAAUGCUGCUUUUACUACAGUUGAAGAAAGUUUUAAGACCUUAUUUUGGUCAAUAUUUGGUUUAUCGGAGGUCACAUCAGUUGUCCUCAAAUAUGAUCAUAAAUUCAUCGAGAAUAUUGGCUAUGUCUUGUAUGGAAUAUACAAUGUAACAAUGGUUGUGGUUUUACUCAACAUGUUGAUUGCCAUGAUCAACAGUUCAUACCAAGAAAUUGAGGAUGAUAGUGAUGUGGAAUGGAAAUUUGCUCGCUCUAAGCUCUGGUUGUCAUACUUCGAUGAUGGAAAAACCCUGCCACCUCCAUUUAGUCUUGUACCAAGUCCCAAGUCUUUUAUUUAUUUCUUCAUGAGAAUCAUUAAAUUAUUUACAUGCAGGAGGAAAAGGCUCCAAAAAGAUAUGGAAAUGGGAAUAAACAAUUCAAAAUCCAGGCUAAACCUCUUUUCUCAAUCCAACUCAAGAGUUUUUGAAUCACACAGCUUUAAUAGCAUUCUCAAUCAGCCAACACGCUAUCAGCAAAUUAUGAAGAGACUUAUAAAACGCUAUGUUCUGAAAGCACAAGUGGACAAAGAAAAUGAUGAAGUCAAUGAGGGUGAAUUAAAGGAAAUUAAACAAGAUAUUUCCAGUCUCCGCUAUGAACUCCUGGAAGACAAGUCUCAGGCAACAGAGGAGCUGGCAAUUCUUAUACAUAAACUCAGUGAAAAACUCAAUCCAAAUAUUUCACGAUGUGAAUGAGUUCAAAUGACACAUUCUGAUUUAAUCCCUGGAUUUUGACCACAGCACAAGUAUUGGCAAUAAUAUUUCUGAGUGACUUAUACUUGAAAAAUAAAUCAUAGAUUUUUAGCACUAAAUAACUUUAUGUACAGCUUUGUUUGAAAUACAGUCUUAGCCAAUUUUAUGAAUUUACAUGCAAAAAAUGCUCUGUUUAUUUAAUGUAUGAUGGAAACAUAUUUUGCAUUUAUUUAAUAUGGUACAACUGUAUCUAAACAGUCUUACUUUACUAAUAGUUUUCUGAAUAAAAUGAAUAUUCUUUGCACUGAACAAAGAAAAAUCAUUGUAGACCAGGGAUGGAGAAUGUAUGACUCUCCAGAUGUUUUUCGACUGAAGUAAACUUAAUCUUCACCAAUGACUGUGGACGUUAUCAGACAAGGGAAAUUGGAAGUAUAAUCCAAUG